AUGACGCUUAACCAGGCUAAGCUAGCGGCGGACCGGCCCGUAGCAGCUGAGCGUAGCCGCUCCCCUGCAGCUCCCGAGCAGCCGGCCAGGCAGGGCAGCUGGGUGACGGUUCGGAGGAAGACUAGUCUUAAAGGGCUCACGGAACACCACCACCCGCUUCAUGUGUCUAACAGAUUUUCCCCACUUAGCGACACAUCUGUUGAGAAACCGACCCUGGUGAUUGGAGACUCCAUAGUCAGACAUGUGAAGCCGACUCCAGAGACCUUAGUUAGGUGCAUCCCGGGGGCCAGAGCGGGCGACAUAGAAGCAAAUUUGAAGCUACUGGCAAAGGGUAAUCGUAAAUAUGGUAAAGUUAUCAUCAAUGUCGGAGCUAAUGACUCCCGUCUUCGCCAGUCGGAAGUAACCAGAAUGAAUAUUGUCUCGGUGUGUAACUACGCCAAAAGUAUGUCGGACUCCGUAGGUUUUUCUGGUCCCCUCCCCAAUCUGACCAGCGAUGACAUGUUUAGUCGCAUGCUCUCGCUCCGCCGCUGGUUGUCUCAGUGGUGUUCAGAAAACGACGUGGACUUUAUUGACAACUGGGAGACAUUCUGGGGAAAGCCCGGUCUGAUUAGAAGGGACGGCAUUCAUCCCACCCGGGAUGGUGCAGCUCUUAUGUCUAGAAAUCUGGCCAAUGUUAUUAGACACUCCCCCUGACAAUGCAGGGUCCAGGCCAGGAUGCAGAGCUGUAGUUUAACAGGGCUGGAGGCGAGGCUUAGUCAG